AGCGGCGGCGGCGGCGGGGGCUCGCGCUUGCGCUCCUAACGGCCGCGGAGCUCCGGUCGGGGCCUGGCGCCCUGAGGGCGGCCGGUGGCGCGGUGGCGGGCGGCCUGCGCCCCCGCCUUUCCCCUCGCCGCGCCGGUGGGUCCUGACAGCCGCCCGGUGUCACGCAGACGAGAAGGGAAGCAAAUGGCUCUCCUGCCAAAUUCAGCACCCCUGGCUACCAAACUGCGAAACACUCUGGUUCAGUACCACAGCAUCGGAGACAGCGAGUGGAGGGUUGCAAAGAAAACGAAAGAUGCAACUGUGUGGCGUAAACCAUCAGAGGAAUUCAGUGGAUACCUCUACAAAGCUGAAGGAGUGGUGGAAGAUGUUACUAACAGAAUAGUGGAUCAUAUUCGCCCUGGACCCUAUAGGCUAGACUGGGACAGCUUAAUGACUACAAUGGACAUAAUGGAAACGUUUGAAGAGAACUGCUGUGUGAUGCGCUACACCACUGCUGGCCAGCUCUGGAACAUCGUAGCACCAAGGGAGUUUGUUGAUUUCUCUUACACUACAAACUAUGAAGAUGGGCUUCUAACAUGUGGUAUAAGCCUAGACUAUGGAGAAGUGAGACCUAACUUUGUCCGUGGAUUCAAUCACCCUUGUGGUUGGUUCUGUGUCCCUCUUAAGGACUAUCCUAGCCACAGUCUUUUGACAGGCUAUAUUCAGACUGAACUGCGAGGGAUGCUACCACAAUCAGCAGUAGACACUGCCAUGUCUAGUACCCUGGCCAAUUUCUACUCUGACCUCAAAAAGGCACUGAAAACAGACAAAUAGUGACUUCAAAGCCCAUGUAUUUCUUGCAAUCAAAUUAUAUUGUUUAGCUUAGCAUAGGUUAGCUACUGAGUUAAGAGGUAACAUUGUUCCUGAAUGAUACCUUGAACCUUUAUGUUGAGGGAUCCAAACAACUUUACCAAGUACUUUUUGGUGUGAUACUUAGCAUACAUUCCUAAUUCACAGUGCAAGAUUCUGUUUCCUGCUCAGCACUCUGCAGCUGUGUGAGGAGUAGUCUGAAUCUAAAAACCACUGGCUUCCUAGUUAGAAAACACAAGAUGUGUAUCUGGGCUUGAAAAAUGCAGCAUGAACUCGGCUCUCACAAACAGUAUGGGGAGUGGAGUGCUCAGGAUUUUGCUGAUGUGAGUCGCUGUGCAGGCAGCAUCUCAUUGAAGAUGUAAUUUUGUAAUAUAUAUAUAUUUUUAUAUUUACUUAAAAUUUUUGAUUUAUUUAGUCUGUACAGGUGCCUCUGUAAUUUGUUUUUAAAAAUCUGCUUUGAUUUAUCAUAGGGAUAUUACAUAGCUAAAUUAUACUAUCCAUAAGAAAGCUGUUUGCUCUUGUUAGCAAAAACAAGUAUUCAUUAUUGGCAUUUCUUCAGUGUUGUAACUGUAAUUUAAUUAACUGUUGUAAAUAACAGUCUCAGUGCAUAGAUAAAGAAAUGUCCUUACAGCUGGUCCAAAGCUCAUUUAAGUGAUCAGGUGGCUUUCCAUAGCUUUUAGUGGGCUUUUAAUCACACAGUUGUCAAAAUAACAAACCUCUAAUGGAUCUUCUGUGAUACUCUGCACUUCUAAAGAAUUUUUUACUUAAAUUUACAUGUAAUUGUGUGUGGGUUUUUUUUUUUUGGUCUUCCAUAACUGAAAAUCCUGUAAUUAUUCAAGCAAUAGAAAGGACCACUAACUUGCUUCAGGUAUAGGCAUUGGUACAGCCACAAGACCACAGAUUGGCAGCAUGCUGGUACAGUGCACUGGAGUGUUUAGUGGUAAAAUCUAGUGGCCUAGAUUGAUCUUUGAAGUAAAUGAAACUAGCAUCUUAAAACAUGAGCAAAUGAAGACCAAAGCUCAAGCUGCAGAAUUACUUAGGUCUGCUGGAGGAUGGAGGGCUAUUUAGCCACCCAGUGAUGCUGACAGGUGCAUAGCAGGGACUUUCAAAAGAUUACUGUCUGUGCUGCUAGGAACCUCAGUUCUCUUUAAAACCUGAUGUGAGUUUUUAAUGUUUGUAUGCAUCAUUUGUUCAGGUGAGAUUGUAAUUAUCUAUGCUUUACCAGUGCUAGCAGAGGCAAGUUUAGCUGCAUAGUAGUUGAGGAAAGUACCUUGCAGCCCUAAUGUUUUGGGGGCAGUUGUAUACAUACAAUACAGGGGCUGGUAAUGAAUUCUCAGAAAAAAAAAAAUAAUUUGAGAUUAAAAUUUUUCCCGUGCAAUAUUGCUUUUGACACUGGCCACUGUAGCUGAACUUUGAACAGAGAGGACUUUUCUUCCUCAUUGAUCAAGCAAAGAGGUAGCAAAAACAUCACACCAAAUAUAGUGAGAGCUUUUCCAACAUGCUUCAUGUAUUAAGGCAUUUAGUACUGUUUAAGAUACUUAAAAACAAUGGCAUCAAACAGCCUUUGGUGUCUUCGGAGGCAGAAGAUAACAGCUCCCUGUUGGGUUUUGUGUAUUCUGCAGUUUCCUUUAAACUCCUUGGCUACUUUUCCCAUCUUUUCUGUCUUCUUUGUUUCCCCCCGCAGUACUGAAAGUUCACGAGGUGAUCUUUCUCCACCAAGGACACUAAGGAAUUGGUGUCAGCAGACACACUUAGUCCUAGGUGUUGAGGUCCACUCCUUUCUUGUACUGGUACAGAGGCAAGUAUGAAAGCUCUGGUAAUACUGCUCUGUGGGAUGAAUGCUGACAUGGUUACAGAGGAAGCUAUGUGAAUUUUACCCUAAUUAUUCUCCCAGUUAUAAAGACUGCAUGUAUAGUGAAUCUGCAUAUUCAUGCCUUCUGUUUUUAAAACUGCUGGGACUGACUAAUUGAGGUUGUGAUACAGAUGUAUGUAAAAUGUUGCAUUGCUCUGUAAAAAGCCCAGUUUAAAUCUAUACAGAGGCACUUCAUUGCUGAAGAAAUGGGUCAAAAGGAGCACAAGACACUUACAGGAUAUUUGUACACCACUAGGCACUGCAGAAAAGAUGAAGAGGUGCUUGUUUCAAACACCUUAUACAGGGACUCUAACACCUCUAGAUUAUCUAUCCUUAUUUAGUGUUCAGUGAAAUAGCUUUUUAUGCUUUCAGUGCAGAUAGGCUGAUGAAGCAGCUGAAGAAAGAUGAACUUGUGUUUAAGGGAAGGAAAAUUGCUAGUGUAUUUCAAGUAUGAUGAUGUUUUUAAUAAAAAUUUCUCCAAGUUUCAUUUUUAUCAACAGAAUUGUUUCCAGUAACAGGCCUAGAAAUGGAAAAAUUUUGUGAAUGAGUAUAAAGUUUCUGAAAGCAAAGUAGGCCCUCUGUUUUGCAUUACAGUAAUUUAUUCCUUAAACACUGAUUAAACUGUCUUUGUGUGUUUUAACAGACAUAGUAGUCUAUUACUUCUGCCAAUGAUUCUGAACAUUCAAGUGAAUAACAGUAGAGACUACCAGAGAUGAAGAAUGGAGGCAGGUUAUUUUUAAAUCAAUACAAGAGCAUAGUACAGUUCUCCAGUUUUCAAAUGAAGAGAUAUCAUGGAAAGUGCUAACAAAUUUUAAAGAUUUAUUUUGGGGAAUCUCACAUUUCUAAAGAUUUUUCUGAUUUAGAAGUGCAAUAAUUGAAAAUGUAUGCUGAUUAUGCUGCUGAAGCAAUGCAUAGUUGCUACCACUACAGUCGUCAUUGCAAGCAGUUCAGCUAUAAAGUCAUACAGAACCAGAAGAUGUCCAGUUUCACAGUGUGUUGUAUGUGUUUGAAACCAAAACUUUCUUUUUAUAUAGCUGAGGAUUGAGAGGACUGUUAGAUCUUGAAGCAGAGCUGUUCUUUAACCAGAGUACAUUCAGAAGCAAGAAGGCCACAAAAUCAAGUACUUAUCCAGUCAGAACCACUUUUCCCACUGUGGCAUUGUUUUCCUUAUGAGUUAGUGGACAAUCCAGAUGGACCCAAGACAGUAAAAACUAGAAAGUGGUUGAAAGGAUAAAGUGCAGGAGCCCAUGUUUUGCUUAUUAGGAGGUAGUGGGACACAAAGUAAAUUACCCAGUAGAGAUUUCUCUCAUUCUCACAGUGGCAGAAUUUCUGCAAGGUUGUGAGAUUUGCCAGUACUUAAGUGUUGUUCAGUUAAACUGGAAUAUAGUUAUCUGAAAGCAACUUCUCAACAAGGUGCCCAAGAAUAGCAGAUGCCAGUUUUUGCUAGAGAAAUGGCAUGUAUAUAGACACAUCAAAAUUAUUUUUAUAUUACCAGUAUUUUUUUAAAAAAAAAACACCCUUACUUUUUCCGGGGCCUAGGCAAUAUGACAGUCUAGUCUUUGGCACUUUAACUAGGUGCUCUGUGUGUGGAUGGGAAAGAUGGCUAAAGAUAAGGCAAUUUUUGUGUUUGGCUUCUGUUCCUCAUCUAAAACCUCCAUCAUUAAACCUUGUAGUUGUGCACCUUAUUUUACAUAUGUGUAAGAUAGAGACUGGGCUAAGUUUAAUUUGGGGGCAGUCCAGGGAACCCUAGCAGCCUACUAGGUGGUGAACUAGACGGAUACUCAGGGAAUGAUACAAGCCCUGAUCUCAGAUUUGAUGAAUUUAUACAUGUGAAACAUGAUGAAUUUAUGAAACAUUAAAAGGGUAUGUAAUUCCUCCAGUAAUCAAAAAUAAACAGAACUGUUCUGAUGGUGUGA